AUGGCAAGGAAGAGAAAGCUCGAAUCUGAAUCCAACGAGACGUCAGAGCCGCCGGAGAAGCAUCAGCAAUUGGAAAAUGAGGAUCCCGGAAUCAGAAAUGAUUGUAAUCAAGGAAACAGCGAUGAUGAAGGAGCAGAGAAUGUCCACGAAGAGGAAGCUAAAGACGAUGAUAAUAAUACGGCGGAUCCUCAUACGGAAGAGGCGGCGACGUCGUCAGGAUCUGGGGAUGACGAAGAGCCAAUCGAGGAACUCUUGGAGCCAUUUUCGAAGGAUCAAUUGUUGAUUCUUCUCAAAGAAGCAGCGGAGAUGCAUCGCGUUGUUGCCGAUCGAAUUCGUAUGGUGGCGGAUGAAGAUCCUGUUCAUCGUAAGAUCUUCGUACACGGAUUAGGUUGGGACACUAAAGCAGACGCACUUAUCGAAGCUUUUAAACAGUACGGAGAGAUCGAAGACUGCAAAUGCGUGGUUGAUAAGAUCUCUGGGCAAUCCAAAGGUUAUGGUUUUAUCCUCUUCAAGUCAAGGUCCGGUGCUCGUAACGCACUUAAGGAGCCACAGAAGAAGAUCGGAACUCGUAUGACCGCGUGUCAGCUAGCUUCCAUUGGACCUGUUCAGGGAAACCCAGUCGUUGCUCCUGUUCAGCAUUUCAAUCCCGAGCACGUACAGAGGAAGAUCUAUGUAAGUAACGUUAGCGCGGGCAUCGAUCCGGAGAGACUAUUAGCGUUUUUCUCGAGAUUUGGAGAGAUUGAAGAAGGUCCUUUAGGGCUUGAUAAAGCUACUGGGAGACCGAAAGGUUUCACUUUGUUUGUGUACAAAUCCCCUGAAGGUGCCAAGAAGGCAUUGGAGGAGCCACACAAGACCUUCGAAGGUCAAGUCUUGCAUUGCCACAAAGCAAACGACGGGCCAAAACCGGCUAAGCAACAUCAACAUCACCGUAACUCUCACAAUCAAAAUUCACGCUACCAAAGGAACGAAAACACUGGUUACGGUGUACCUGGAGGUCAUGGACAUUUCAUAGCUGGUAAUCACCAAGCUCCACAGGCGAUAGACCCAGCCAUUGGUCAAGCCCUCACAGCUUUGCUGGCAUCUCAAGGUGCUGGAUUGGGUUUAAACCAAGCAUUUGGGCAAGCUUUCUUAGGGACAGUUAGCCCGGGAGCUGCAGCUGGAAUGCCAAAUGGCUUUGGUACUCAAGCAAAUAUCAUACCAGGGGUCUUUCCUGGGUACAGUCCCCAAGCCGGCUAUCAGGGCGGUUAUCAGACUCCGCAGCCUGGUCAGGGCGGUGCUGGAAGAGGCCAGCAUAGUUCAGGCUAUGGUCCUUACAUGGGUCAUUAG